UCCAGCGGAAAAAUUACCCAUCGCCCGCUACCAAAUCCUUUAAAAACCAACCCCUUUCUCCUUUUCAUUUACUGCUACCUCGUGUGCUGAACCUCUUACACCUGCCCUUCUCUUCACGUUGCUUCCAUUCUCCACUCCGUUCAUCUCCGAGAGCACUCCAAGAAAACCCUUCUCUACCCGGAAAGAAGCCAUGAGGAAGGAAGAGCUUGAUCUCGUCUUGGUCCCCGUGGGCCUCACCGUUAUGGUGUCCUACCAUCUAUGGCUCCUGUACCGCGUCAUCAAACACCCCACCACCACCGUCAUAGGAAUCAACGCCAUCAACCGCCGCAUCUGGGUCCAUACCAUGAUGGAGGAUCCUCUCAAAAACGGAGUUCUUGCGGUGCAAACGCUGAGAAACAACAUCAUGGCGUCCACACUCCUGGCGUCGAUGGCGAUCACGCUGUGUUCGUUAAUGGCAGUGCUGAUGACGAACAGCAACGGCGGCUACCGCGGCCUCCGGGGGAAGGAUUUCGUGCUGGGCGACACAAGCGAUCUCGUGCUCUCAAUCAAAUUCUUCUCCAUUCUGAUCUGCUUCCUGCUGGCUUUCCUUCUCAACGUGCAGUCGAUCCGAUACUACAGCCAUGCCGGCCUUCUCAUCAACGUGCCGGCGAGGAGCCAGCGGGCGGCGCCGCCCCUCGCGGCGGAGUACGUCGCCGGGGCUCUGAACCGGGGGAGCUAUUUCUGGUCUCUUGGCCUCAGAGCCUUCUACUUCUCCUUCCCCAUGUUUCUCUGGAUCUUUGGGCCUGUGCCGAUGCUGGUUAGCUGCUUGGGCUUGGUCUUAAUGCUAUAUUUUCUCGACGUGUACUCGGGGUGGGGGGAGAAUGGGGAGGAGGAGAAGGGGGAGGAGGAGGACUUGGGGGUGCAUGAACGGUGCUGAGGACAAGUGGCAGGGGGACGUAGAGAUCCGGAUUCAACGCUUGUUGAAUCUUUCUAAUAGCAAGUGGCAUGCAGUGCGUAAUCUUUCUAAGCUCGUUGUCACAUAAAGGGUGUUUGGUGCGACCAAGAAUUGCAAAUAUUAGAGUACUUCUAUGCGUGGACUUUGUUAAGCCAUCAUUUUAAGUUGUUAAGCCAUCAUUUUGAUAAGCAUUUAAAAGGUUUCUGAUAUGCCAUGAUGCUUUCAUCUUUAAUCUCUUAAUGUGUAUUUAAAAGUUCUUGCUUUGUGGCU